AUUGACAGAUCCAUUCCAGUGUUUAAUAUAGAUGGAAUGGCAAAUGAAGGAGGGAAAAUCACAGACAAGGCAUGCCUCCUAAUGAGAAUGAUGAACAAUGAAGGCAACUAUCAUGAUGAGCAAUGCGAGCUACUCGCUACUAACCUAGGAGGGGAAGAUGUAAUUCUAGGAACAGACUGGCUGCAUGAGCACAACCCGCAGAUUAACUGGGUGAAGAACCACCUCAUGUUCUCCACCUGUGCCAGAAUGUGCCUAGUUUGCUGA